CGUGCGCGUCAUGACGUAGAGAAUGUGAGUGGCUGGAGCCGCCGAUUGCUUUGGAAAAGUGGUGCUUUGCCUUUGAAGACAAUCCACUAAGCCCCACUACGCAAUGUAAUCGACUGAAAUGUGUCAGAUGUUUUUGGACAAGAAUCCGUUCAAUCUCGCUACUACUUCGAGUCGUUUGGGUGCACGUUGAAACGUCGAGGCCUGCUUUGUUAGCCUAGCCUAGUUUAGCAGCUAACAAAAGAGAACAAACAACGCGCCAGGGAUAAACACGUCGCCGAGCAAGCAAACGUCAAGUCCCAAAAUGUCAGAUGUCAGUCAAGCGCAUCGUCCUGAAAGCCAGGAGUCUCCUCGCAUGGAGGAAGAGUCGCCAUACAUCAAGAAGGUGGAGGAAGAGUUCGUCCACAUUAAAGAGGAGCAGGAGGAGUAUUUCAUUAGAGUGGAGAACCCCCACAUUGAGGAGCAGCAGCAACAUCAUCCCCUCAAAAAGGAGGAGGAGGACCCUCCAUAUGUUAAAGUGGAGGUGGUGGACAUCCUCAGGUGGACUGAUGAGCCCUUGAAGGGUGAAGAUGGCAGUGUGAGUGAGGCCAGCAGAGGGUCGAAGCCUCAGAAUGGCAGCAACAGCAGUUCAAAAGAAGGAUCCCAAGGAGACAACCUCAUCGCUCGACCAUCAGAGAGUGACGAUUUCACAUCAAACUCCCUGUUCUGUUUCAGCAAAUAUCUUGGUCCUGACGCUGAACAGCUAAAGAGAGAAGUACAACUUCCAAUCAAAAAGGAGGAGGUAGAACUGCCAUACGUGAAAGAUGAGGACGAUAUCACCAUGUCGACUGCUGAGUCCUUGAAUAGCGAGGAUGGUCCGAGUGAGGCCAGCAGAGGGACGGAGCCUCCAAGCAGCAGCUCAACGGAAGGAUCGCAAGCACACAUUUUCAUCGCACCAACAGAUAGAAAUGUUGCCACGUCACACUCACCUUACAAAGAUGGAGGUCAGAAGAAAUCUCACCGUGACAACCAACGCUGCAAAUGCUCUAAGUGUUGGAAAACCUUUGUUCAUAACUAUAGUUUUCGUAUGCAUAUGAGGAGCCACACUGGCGAAAAACCUUUUUCCUGUUCAGUUUGUGGUCAAGGAUUCAAUAGAAAGCAACACUUAAAAAUACACACAAGAACACACACUGGCGAAAAACCUUUUUCCUGCUCAGUUUGUGGUCAAGGAUUCAAUAGAAAGGAACACUUAAAAAUACACACAAGAACACACACUGGCGAAAAACCUUUUUCCUGCUCAGUUUGUGGUCAAGGAUUCAAUAGAAAGGAACACUUAAAAAUACACACAAGAACCCACACUGGUGAAAAACCUUUUUCCUGCUCAGUUUGUGGUCAAGGAUUCAAUAGAAAGGAACACUUAAAAAUACACACAAAAACCCACACUGGUGAAAAACCUUUUUCCUGCUCAGUCUGUGGUCGAAAAUUCAUUCAGAAGACGAACUUAGACAGUCACAUGAGAACCCACACUGGUGAAAAACCUUUUUCCUGCUCAGUUUGUGGUCGAGGAUUCCGUCAUAAGAGUGCCUUAAAUGAACACAUGAGAACCCACACUGGUGAAAAACCUUUUUCCUGCUCAGUUUGUGGUCAAGGAUUCAGUUGUAAGAGUGCCUUAAAAGUACACACAAGAACCCACACAGGCGAAAAACCUUUUUCCUGCUCAGUUUGUGGUCAAGGAUUCAGUCAUAAGAGUUCCUUAAAAUCACACGCAAGAACCCACACUGGCGAAAAACCUUUUUCCUGCUCAGUUUGUGGUCAAAGAUUCAAUAGUAAGCAAAGCUUAAAAAUACACACAAGAACCCACACUGGUGAAAAACCUUUUUCCUGCUCAGUUUGUGGUCAAGGAUUCAAUCAAAUUCAACAGUUAAAAGUUCACACAAGAACCCACACUGGUGAAAAACCUUUUUCCUGCGCAGUUUGUGGUCAAAGAUUCAAUAAGAAGCAUAGCUUAAAAAUACACACAAGAACCCACACUGGUGAAAAACCAUUUUCCUGCUCAGUUUGUGGUCAAGGAUUCAGUUGUAAGAAUACCUUAAAAGUACACACAAGAACCCACACUGGUGAAAAACCUUUUUCCUGCUCAGUUUGUGUUCAAAGAUUCAAUAGUAUGCAAAGCUUAAGAGUCCACACAAGAACCCACACUGGUGAAAAACCUUUUUCCUGCGCAGUUUGUGGUCAAAGAUUCGCUCACAAGGAUUGCAUUAGGAGACACGUGUGCAUUGGGUAAGAAGCAGUGGCCAAUGACAUCCACGCUGCCUUCAUCAGAUUGUGCACACAGGUCAAUUGUAGUCUGUAAAGUUUCCUCAAAUCCUGUUGCAGUAAUGGUACACUAUUGCCAAAAGUUCUGGCUCACCUAAUUAAUUCUCAAGUUGAGUGGCAUUAUUUAUACAAUACUCACUCUUUCAAACUACACGUUUCACAGCUAAUAUUUGAAAAAGUAGACAAAAAAUUACAAAAAAUCUAAAUCAUUCAUCAAUAAUAUAAUUACAUAAAUAUGUAAUGUAUGUAUUGUAAUGUAGUCAAAUAUAUUAAAAAAUAUGAUUGGCUCUAGAGCUGGGCGGUAAACCGAAAAUUUACCGUCACCGAAAUUCUUAACGAUGACCGACGUAAUUUUGACCAUGUCGGUAAAUUCGGUAAAUUAAUAAAACAAGAAAAUAGUCUUUUCAUCCCGCUUUGACUCUGUGUUGUUCGCCUAUGUUCAUUCCCCUUUAAGAAAGCAGUGAAUGUACUCACGUAGGGAGUCACGUGAUCAUCAGGGAGCCAAUCAAACAGAAGCCCGGCAAGCUAACGCUAGCAGCUAAUGCUACAAGCAAAACGUGAUGGAGUGUGGCUUAAGGGAGGUUCGCCAAACUUUCACCCGACAUUUAAUAGACUCUUGGUGGCAUCCAGACGGGCUUUCACCGGUUGUACUCCCUUGUUCUCACGAUUUCCGGAGAUGGUGCUUUAAUUGCUUUCUACUGGUAGCCAGGCCACAGGCUAACGCUAGCGCCUAACGCUAGCGGCCGCUAGCGGCUAACGCUACAAAUGAACGUGAUGGAGUCGGAUAGCGGCUCUAACCUUGUCAAAACGGCUGAACUUAAUCAGUGGAUUGUGCACGGACUGCAUCUAGCAAUUACUAUGUCGCGUUAUUUUGUAUCUGACUGUGUGUGAUUUCUCUGAUAGCUUUUGUGAUGGUAAAGCAUUCAGCAUUAAGCACAAUCCAACGGUGAAACUUGUAAUAUGACCGAGAAAUGGCCCCAGCUAUUUUUCUGUAUGUGCUUAAUUCUGUGUCAUUAUUGCUAUCAUAAAAUCUUAAGUGUUUCAUUUGCAGAAGAUCAAUAUAGCUUUAAUGUGUGUCUGUCUGUCUGUUUGGGGGUUCAUGUA